CUCCGGGGUCCUCGAGCGCUCGGGCUGCGCGCGGAGCGGGCUCGGGAGGGAAGUCCCGAGACAAAGGGAGCGCCGCUGCCGCCUCGUCCGCCUCGCUCGCCGGGCCGCGGCCGCCCGAGGGACGCAAACAUGUCGGGGAUCGCCCUCAGCAGACUCGCCCAGGAGAGGAAAGCUUGGAGAAAAGACCACCCAUUUGGUUUUGUGGCCGUCCCAACAAAAAAUCCCGACGGCACGAUGAACCUCAUGAACUGGGAGUGCGCCAUUCCCGGGAAGAAGGGGACUCCGUGGGAAGGAGGCUUGUUUAAACUACGGAUGCUGUUCAAAGACGAUUAUCCAUCCUCACCUCCGAAAUGCAAGUUUGAACCACCGUUAUUUCAUCCAAACGUGUACCCCUCGGGCACAGUUUGCCUGUCCAUCCUGGAGGAGGACAAGGACUGGAGGCCAGCCAUCACGAUUAAGCAGAUCUUAUUAGGAAUACAGGAACUUCUAAAUGAACCAAAUAUCCAAGACCCAGCUCAAGCAGAGGCCUACACGAUCUACUGCCAAAACAGAGUGGAAUACGAGAAAAGGGUUCGAGCACAAGCCAAGAAGUUUGCUCCCUCAUAAGCAGCGACCUGUGGCAUCAUAAAAAGGAAGGGAUUGGUGUGGCAAGAACUUGUUUACAACAUUUUUGCAAAUCUAACGUUGCUCUCUACAAUUACUGGUCACCUGGGGAGGGUUGGGCGGGCGCCAUUUUCCAUUUCCGCCACUGGUACAGUCUCGGCUCGCUGAAUCGCCCAGUUUUUCAUACAGGGUCUCUUCCUUCAGUCUUUUGUAUUUUUGAUUGUUAUGUAAAACUUGCUUUUAUUUUAAUAUUGAUGUCAGUAUUUCAACUGCUGUAAAAUUAUAAACUUUUAUACUUCAAUGAGUCCCAAGGAGCUAGUUCCUUUGCUCGUGGAUGCAGGCAUGCUUCACGCCGUCUAGAGCUGCACUUAGCCUUCAGCUGGCUGCACGAAACAGAAAAUCAGACCUGCCCCGCCGCCUCCUCUCCCAAGAGCCCGGCUUGUGUUGCUUACGAGCCUCAGAUCCACAGUCAGCCAGCGUCGCGUUUCCGCAUCACUUCCUUUGUGUUUAUAUGGCGUUUGUCUGUGUUGCUGUUUAGAGUAAAUAAACUGUUUAUAUAAAGGUU